AUGCGCAACCCUGUGUUUAAGUUGGGUUUAAGAUUUGCAACCACCGACCUAUUUAGGAAAGCAAUUAGGAACUAUUCAAUUAUGAACAUGAGGAUGAUUAAAUUCAAAUGCAAUUAUCGUGAAAGGGUGAGGGCAGUAUGUGUAGGGAAUUUCAACCGGGUUUGUUUUGCUUCAGCAGUGAAUGGUAGUGAAUGGGUUCAAGUGAAGAAGUUGGUUGACGUGCAUGAUUGUGGGAUAGUUGACCACAACUUUCAUGCUAACUCAACAUGGUUAGCUCAAAGAUAUGCUACUCAACUGUCUAGAUUGCAUAAUUGGGAUAUGGGAACUUUUAAGCAGCAGGUACAAAAAGAUUUGUCUGUGAUAGCUUCUAAAUCCCAAAUAUAUAGGGCAAGGCAGAAGGCAACAUCCAUAACUGAGGGGACUUAUGAAAAACAAUAUGAGUUAUUAUGGGAUUAUGCUGCUGAACUAAGAAGGACAAAUAUGGGUAACACAGUCAUUAUCAAAUGUCAUCACUUUGGACAAUUGUUAUCUGCUGUUGGUGUGGAUCCUAACAAUAACAUGUAUCCUAUUGCGUAUGCAGUGGCUGAGGUGGAGAAUUAUGAAACAUGGUCAUGGUUUUGUCAACUAUUGGCAAAGGACCUUGGAAUUGAAAACAACACAGGAUAUGUCUUUAUCACACAUAAGCAAAAAAGGCUUGAUUGA